AUGCGUAUAUCUCUAGCCAAAUUACUCUCAAACGACGAAACCGAAUUGCAACGCCUGGGAGAUGCAUGUCGAGAGCUCGGUGCUUUCUACCUUGAUCUCCAGAUGACAGACAUCGGCAAAAAUAUCCUAAAGGAUGUGGACAAAUUAUUUUUGCUUGGAGAACACUUUUUUGAUCUUUCUGUUCAAGAAAAGGAGAAGUACGACAUGGGGAAGUUUGGUGGUUAUUAUGGGUAUAAGGGCUACUUUAAUCGAAUGCUCGACUUGAAAGAAUUCUAUGCAGUUUCAAAGGACGACAUACUCUCCAUACCGUGCCCCAGGACCGCUUACAAAUCCAAACCCGUCCUUCCUCAGCCUUCCACCAUCCAAUCCGCUCGACCAGCCAUCCACUCGUAUAUCGAACUAUCUCACGCAAUUGUAACGAUACUACUGCGUCAUCUCACGACACUUUUGCACUUUCCCGUUGGAACUCUUGAAAACUUACAUCGCCAAGGGGCUUGUAGCGGGGAUCAAGUUCGCUGGAUCAAGAUCCAACCGAGCCAAGAAUCCAGAAUCAACCCCGGAGAUGAAGUUCUAUUAGAUGAGCAUUCCGAUUCCAACAGCGUUACUGUUCUAUUCAACACCCUAGGAGGAUUGGAGGUUCGGCAGCCAUGUCAUGCCCGUCAGGCGUCUGCUUCAGGCGGGGAUGGGGCGGACGGUGCACCUGGUCGCUGGAUCCAGGCAGGACCACUUCCGGGGCACUGCAUCAUUCAUCUGGGCGAGCAAAUUGCAAAAUUAUCCUCUGGCACCCUUCGAGCCAGUGUGCACCGCGUCUGCAUCCUUCCCGAUCAUCAAAAAGCCCAGACCCGAUAUUCCCUUGUUUAUUUCGCCAGACCCGAAGACAAGGUCAUUUUGCAGCAGCUUGAGGGCGUUUCGGUUGUGCCCGGGCCGGGUGACCUUGAAAAGUCGAGCCAUGCGGAAGAGACGAGCACGAAAACUGCGGCAAUCGCCCGUUGGAUUAAAAGAAAAAGUAAAGUAUGCUAA